ACGGACUGGAUCUCUGUGCGGUUUUCUCCACCGUCACUGCUGUACGGGGCCCCGGCCCGGUGUCCGACCGGCCACAGCUGCAGAGGAGACGCUUGAGAAAUGUGUCACCUGUGUGCGGCGGAGGCGAGAGACACCACCUUUACUAAGACAGAUAAACCAUCAUGAUUCCCAUCACAGAGCUCCGGUACUUUGCUGACACCCAGCCGGCGUACCGCAUCCUGAAGCCAUGGUGGGACGUUUUCACCGACUACAUCUCCAUCGUCAUGCUGAUGAUCGCGGUGUUCGGUGGCACGCUGCAGGUCACGCAGGACAAGAUGAUCUGCCUGCCUUGCAAGUGGGUGGUCAACAAGUCCUGCGAGACCAUGCCCGUCCCGAAUGCGAGCGCCGCCUACGCGUCGGAGCCCAAGGGCAUCCAGUACGACCUCGACCGCCAUCAGUAUAACUACGUCGACGCCGUCUGCUACGAGAACAAACUGCACUGGUUUGCCAAAUAUUUCCCCUACCUGGUGCUACUCCACACCCUCAUCUUUUUGGCCUGCAGCAACUUCUGGUUCAAGUUCCCCCGCACAAGCUCCAAACUGGAGCACUUUGUCUCCAUCCUCCUCAAGUGCUUUGACUCCCCGUGGACAACAAGGGCUUUGUCCGAGACCGUGGUGGAGGAGAGCGACCCCAAGCCGUUGGGGAAAAUGAACGGCUCGAUGGACAAGAAGGCCUCGUUUGUGAGCGAGGACGUCGAGGCCAGCGUGCCCAUGCUCCAACGAACAAAGUCCAGGAUAGAACAAGGAAUCAUCGAUCGCUCAGAAACCGGGGUUCUAGAUAAGAAGGAAGGGGAGCAGGCCAAGGCUCUUUUUGAGAAGGUGAAGAAGUUCAGGAUCCAUGUAGAAGAGGGCGAUAUAGUGUACCGUCUUUACAUCCGUCAGACCAUCAUCAAAGUAAUCAAGUUCAUACUGAUAAUCAGCUACACGGCCUACUACGUACGCUACAUCAGGUUCAGCGUGGUGUGCACGGUGAACAUUCAGAAACUCACAGGGUACAGCACGUUCUAUUGUGCUCACCCGUUAGCAACGCUUUUCAAGAUUUUGGCCUGUUUCUACAUCAGCCUGGUGGUGGUUUACGGUCUCAUCUGCAUGUACACUCUUUGUUGGAUGGUCAGCCGCUCCCUCAAACGAUACUCCUUCGAAUCCAUCCGCGAGGAGAGCAGCUACAGCGACAUCCCGGACUUGAAGAACGAUUUCGCCUUCAUGCUCCACAUGAUAGAUCAGUACGACCCUCUCUACUCCAAGCGCUUUGCGGUGUUUCUGUCGGAGGUGAGCGAGAACAAGCUGAGGCAGCUGAACCUGAACAACGAGUGGACGCUGGAGAAGCUGAGGCAGCGCAUCACCAAGAACUCGCAGGAAAAGCUGGAGCUGCACCUGUUCAUGCUCAGUGGGAUCCCGGACACGGUGUUUGAUCUGGUCGAGCUGGAAGUGCUCAAGCUGGAGCUCAUCCCCGACGUAACCAUCCCGCCGAUCAUCGCCCAGCUCUCCAACCUGAGGGAGAUGUGGCUCUAUCACACGCCAGCUAAAAUCGAAGCACCGGCUCUUGCUUUCCUGAGAGAGAACCUGAAGUCUCUCCACAUCAAGUUCACGGACAUCAAGGAGAUCCCGCUGUGGAUCUACAGCCUGAAGAACCUCAGCGAGCUGCACCUCACCGGGAACCUGAGUGCCGAGAACAACCGCUACAUCGUCAUCGACGGGCUUCGGGAGCUCAAAAGGCUCAAAGUGCUGCGUCUGAAAAGCAACCUGACCAAGCUGCCGCAGGUGGUGACGGACGUGGGCGUGCACCUCCAGAAGCUCUCCAUCAACAACGAGGGCACCAAGCUGAUGGUGCUCAACAGCCUGAAGAAGAUGGUCAACCUGACGGAGCUCGAGCUGGUUCGCUGCGACCUUGAACGCAUUCCGCACUCCAUCUUCAGCUUGCACAACCUGCAGGAGAUCGACCUGAAGGACAACAACCUGAAGACGAUCGAGGAGAUCAUCAGCUUCCAGCACCUGCACCGCCUCGUGUGCCUGAAGCUGUGGUACAACCAGAUCGCCUACAUCCCCAUUCAGAUCGGGACCCUCACCAACAUGGAGAGGCUGUACCUGAACAGGAACAAGAUCGAGAAAAUCCCCAGUCAGCUUUUCUUCUGCCGCAAGCUGCGCUUCUUAGACCUGAGUCACAACAACCUGACCGGCAUCCACGCCGAUGUGGGCUUCCUCCAGAACCUGCAGUACUUUGCUGUGACAGCAAACAGGAUCGAGACUUUGCCCCCAGAGCUCUUCAAGUGCAAGAAGCUGCGCACUCUGAAUCUGGGAAACAACUGCCUGCAGACGCUGCCGUCACGCUUCGGGGAACUCACCGGGUUGACCCAGCUGGAGCUGAGAGGGAACCGUCUCGAGUGUCUCCCGGUGGAGCUCGGUGAGUGUCGGCUGUUGAAGAAGAGCAGUCUAGUGGUGGAGGAGGACCUCUUCAACACGCUGCCGCCCGAAGUCAAGGAGCAGCUUUGGAGGGCCGAUAAGGAGCAAGCUUGAGCCGAAACCUCUGUGGAGAGCUGCAGAGGAGAGAAGUUUGAUUGGAAGAAUAAUCGAGCAGUGAUUUUUGUUUGUAAAAGAAGGCGAACCUCUAGAGUUUGCAGAAGUGUGAGCCAUGCUCAGAAAAGUGAUGGAUCGCCUCCCUGGCAGGACGUUACAAAAGCAAAAGGAUGUUAGCUUUCAAGACACCCCAAGGAUGUAAUGUUGGAAAUCACACGUAACACGGUCGCCAAAGAAAGAUCCCCACGAUGGAAGGGUGAUCAGUAAUGUGGCUUAUCUGUAAUAUCAUCCUGAUAUAUAAAAUACAUAGCAGCUGCAAGGAUUCAAGCGGGUGAUGUUGCAUAUGCAUGCUACUGUAGGACCUUGCUAAAGCAAACCCGUUCAAUAGAGAGAGCCGAAACAACAGAACAAACUUUGCACGAUUCAGCCUUGCCACUGAGCUAGAUGUGCUCACGAUCACUUCUUUGCUGAUCAUGGGAAGCAUGCACAAAUGAAAUGUGCUCAAAGCAGUGUUUGCCUGACCUUCCUCCGGCCUUGAGACUCAAAACUUUUUGACAUUCUUACAAUAACAUUUGCUGUUGAGGCUCAGAAUACGGGAAGAUCUUAGUAAAUGAGUUCUAGAGCAACCGGCCCCAAAGGUUUGGUCCUGUUGUUUUCUUUUUCAGGCUCUUUUUACGCUUAACAAGCUCGGAGGCAUCUUUUUAUGUGAACAAAAUGACAAAAUCAUCUCACAGCUUAGGCCUUAACACAGCGGACUGAUGUGACGCCAUCAAAGAACACAAACGGGAACAAACUCUACAGUACAAUGUCUAAAUACCCUGCAGUUGUUAAUUUAUAACGCCGCCCUGUGAGGUGGGCGUUUUUUCUUGGUUGUGCGGGAGCUUCAGUGGAGCAAUCACUCAUUUUUCUUGGACUUUUUAAUCACUUCUCCAAACAUCAUGUCUCAUUUAGACAUGUGAAGCAGGCUUUCCCUUACUUUGCAUGACUAAACAUCACACACAUUACCGGUGUGUCUUAACAAAGUAUGUGUGAUGAGCUUUGCAUCAGGUGGAUUUGGCCUGAUGAAACAAAAUCAAGAGUCUGUUUCGACUUCAAGGUUCGAAAUUUGGUACUUUUUAAAUGUUACCACACGCUGGUAUCAUGUCUGUGCCUGUGGAACAGACUGUAUGGUGAUUGGUGCAACGUUUAAGUACUACGUUAUACCAACCAGUGAGUGACUGAACGCCACAUAUUCUACACAGCCAUUGAUUUUUUUUUAUUUUUUUUUGUCUAAGACAUUAUUUUAAGCCACUUGUGGAACAUAUACGUGUAGUCGAAGAUCUUAAGUGACCUUUGUCCAACUGAAGGCUGACACGUGUUGCUUUCGCUGACUAGAUUGUAACGGCACAGGAAGUAUGCUGUCACAGGGUCACAAAGGUUCAUGACACUCCCUGUCACGGGUGAUUUCUUUGUCUUUGUUAAAGUAAAACACAUGCAAUCUCGCACAAUGCUAAUCAUACAACAAGAUUAUUAUGUAGACCAUUAAAACAAGCAAGACUCCCGGUACUUUUCUAUGCUCGGUACGAUUUUGAAUUAUGAGACCUGUGGAUUAACUAUCUGCCAGGUACGGCCAUGCUCAAAUAGAAACUAACUCAAGAGCCCAGGCGUUUGUAUGUUAGCCCUUCUAUUCAUCAUCAGCUUACUUUAGGGUAAGCUGGACAUUUGUCAGCGUUUUUUGUUUAUGCACUCAAGAGCAUGGGGACAAACAGGAAAUAACAGAGCGGAGGAAACUGGUUUUGACCGACCCUACACCAGGGAAACGUUUAUUCUCAGAGAGAGUAUGCAGAAUAUGUGAUUUCCACAUUCAUGGUCCAAAUCAGUGCAACAUGCUUUGUCUGCUUGAAACACUUUUCUUGUUAAGACCUUGGAUUUAAUAGCAUCGUUUGGAGUAAAACCCUGCUAUGUUUACUCCAGCCAGGCUUCUUGUUGCUAAUAUGGCCUUAUCUUUUACAAGCUGAAUGCCCUGUUAAUGAUCACAAACAAUCACGUUCAUGACUUUUUUUAUUUAUUUUUUUUCUUCGUGUGUUGUAAAAUGUAUAGCUGAAAUGCAUUUGUUUCAUACAUGUAAGUCGUAUGGUAUGUGGUGUUAUUGUUACCAGCUGUUUCUUUUUAAAGGGAAGUUUCACUGUAAUAAUACAAUCGCACCUUUUGUUCACAGUGAAGUUUUUGCUUCACUGAGGUCCCGGCGUCAUCCAGAUGCCCUUCUCGGGGUCAUAAGUAAAUAGCUCCUGUUCUGAAAGAAGAGCCUCAGUCCUGAAUGUGUGGACUAGCAACCAGCUUUAAGGUUGUGAGCGAAGGUCACAGACCAACGUGAAAAGGAACAAAAAAAACGCAGUUAUUUAAAGCAAAUCUCAGCUUCUCCAGCAGGUAUUAACUUUUAAAAACAUGAACACUCCUUCGAAGUGGCAAAUCCACCUCGAUAUGUCUGCUCUAGUUUAAUUUGUGUGAUGCCAAAAAGGAGCUAAAACAUGUUUUUCACUACACUGUGCAGAUAAGUGACCUGUUGGAUGCCAAACAAUGAAUGCAGAUAGGGAAGUCAUUUCUGUUAUUGGCACACUAAACUGCAGUAUAUAUGAAUCUUGUAGUGCAGUAGCUGGCAAUACAUGGAGGGACAAGUUGCAGGACGACUCGUACGUCAUUUCAAAGUAAACUUGAUAUAGUAACAUGGCUCGUCGCAGUGGUGCAGUGCAGCUGCCAGUGCUGCUGACACUAAAAAUCUCCCUCCUGCAGUGCACCGCAGAGUGACAAAUUAGGACUUUCAAACGAUGCCCAUCAGUUGUUUUGUCAAGUGUCGUUUGGCCUUAACUUGGUGGUCGUUAGAGGUUGGAUCAUCAUGACUAAAUAUGCUUUUUUUCUGUCCUAUGUUUGACCGUAAAUGUAUCCUUGGUACAGCAGUUACAGUAUAUUUUUCUCUUGACGUAUGAGUGCCAUUGAUAUUUUAUUUCAGGGUAUCACUGGGAAGUCAUACAACGCUUAAGAUUUGCCAAAACGACUAGACACAUAUCGAUAUAUUCAUAUAUCUGUCAGCUGUGUCCUGAUCAGUCUACGUCAGCAUCACCACACAUCUGCAGUCAGCUUUAUGUGUCUGAGUCUCACUCUGUCCUGCUAACGUUUGGAUUUAUAUGCACAUAUAUCCCCUUUUUUUUUUUCUGACCUCCAGAGCUCUUAGAACAGUCACUUCCCUCUGAGUCACGAGAGGAUGAGAACAUAGAAACCUGCAGCUAGACUCCCUUUUCCUGCACGUCAGCGUCAGCGAGUCGGGUGAAGGUCUAAGCUGAGGUCACUCAGUUUUUUUGCAGGAGGAAGUGUUUUAGUCACUCAUAAACUGCCCCUUGGUUACUUUAAAAACUCUAAUGUACGCACUUUAAUUAGUAUCACGUCAGAAGCGGCCCACUCUCAUCUAAACACCUUAAAUCAUUUCAAUCAAAACAUGUCAAAGCUUUUGUUUCCUUCCGUGCAAAUGCACCGGAAAAAGAUUUGUUUUGAGCUUUUUUGUUGCCUCGCCUGAAUUUAUUUAAAGUAUGUAUCAUCAAAAAAUGGUCUGUACUUCUGUUAUGUUUGCCUUAAGUAGUUUAGUUUGUGUGAAAUUGCGCGGUUAAUUGUUUUUUUCUUACAAAAACUGAACACAUUUGGAUCCACAGAGGGUUUAACAGCAGACAGUGAGACGCUAAUCCUUCCCCCCCCAAAAAAAAAAAAAAGACAGGAUUCAACAACUCAACAGAAAGAACCGACGACAAUCUAACACACUGUUAAAGGAGGGGAGCUCACCCGCACACUGUAAUAUAUUCUGAAGUUUGUACAUUUUUGGACAGUCUCAUACCAUUUCACCUGAACACAGACAUCUCAUUAUUUAAAAAUCCACAUUAUAGCCAUACUGAAGCCUCCCACUUAACCCCCAGCAGCCAUCACUGUUGAACAUACACUCUAAGCUGGAUGGACAGACUUGUUUUAAUCAGAACCGUCUGACGUGACAUGGCCUUUAUUAAUUAAGUGUUGCCCAGUGGACUGAACACUGGCUUUUUAAGCGGGACGUCUGUAACAAUGGACAACUGAACUGUAUUUCGUAUAACGUUCAGACCCUACUUUUUGUACACAUGAUAUUGAAAUAAACACUUAAC